CUGAAGCUCUGUGAUUGGACGACGCGCUGUCACUUCUGGAGCGCAGUUGUCACAGCCGGCCAAUCGGCUCUCGCGUUGUUGGUUGCUUGGCUGCCUGGCCGGGGUCAGGUUGCAGGCUGGAGAAAGUGGAGGGAGGGGGAAGCGUCUUUCCGAGGCAGCGUCGGAGGAGCCGAGCCAUGAACCCCAGGGACGACGCCGAGACAGGGGAGACGGAGAACCUCCAGGGGAGGCUCUGCGUGCCCAUUCCCAGCGAAGCACCUUGCAAGCAGGUGCAGGAGACGCUGUCCGGGGUGGUUAAAAACGUCCACAGGAAACUGCGCAGAAAAUACAGAGAGGUGGGCGACUUCGACAAGAUCUGGCGCGAGCACUGCGAGGACGAGCAGACGCUCAGCGAGUACGCCCUCGCCAUGAAGAACCUCGCCGACAACCACUGGACCAAAAAGUGCGAAGGAGAAGGCCGGAUCGAAUGGUGCCGCAGUGUCUGUCAGGAGUAUUUCCUGGAUGGCGGAAUGAAGCGGCUGUUGGAAAAGGAUGAAAAGAGUGCUGCGCUUGCCUUGGGUCUGAGCGGCCAGGUACUCAGCCCCACCCCCAGUUCAGUAUCUCCGCUGGGAAAGAUUCGCCUUCUGGACGUGGGAAGCUGUUUCAACCCUUUCCUGAAGUUUGAUGAAUUUCUGACUGUCGGUAUUGACAUAGUGCCUGCGGUUGAGAGUGUCUACAAAUGUGACUUCCUCAACCUACAGCUCCAGCAGCCGCUCCAGCUGGCCGGCGACGCAGUCGAGGCCUUCCUCCGCCACCUCCACAGCCCCAUCGACGCUCUGCCGGCUCAGCUGUUCCACGUGGCCGUCUUCUCCCUGCUCCUCUCCUACUUCCCCUCGCCAUACCAGCGCUGGAUCUGCUGCAAGAAGGCCCACGAACUGCUGGAGCUGCACGGCCUGCUGCUCAUCAUCACCCCCGACUCCUCGCACCAGAACCGCCACGCCCUCAUGAUGCGCAGCUGGCGGGUGGCGGUGGAGUCGCUGGGCUUCAAGCGCUACAAGUACGUCAAGUACUCCCACAUGCACCUGAUCGCCUUCCGGAAAGUGUCCGUGGCCACCACCAGCGACCUGGUGUCACGCAACUACCCGGAGAUGCUCUACAUCCCCCAGGACUUUAACUCCAACGAGGAGGAGGAGUGCGGCAACGCGCCGCCGCAGGCGCUGCGCUCCGACUACGAGGACGACCAGCUGGCCUGGGGCUUCGCCGAGCUGCCGGACACGCCGUACGAUUCGGAUUCUGGAGAGAGCCAGAGCAGCUCUCUGCCUGGAUUUCAUGAGUUUGAGGAUCCCAUCCUUCUUCAGAGUUAGGCUGAUGCAGCAUCCCCCCCCCCCCCCCCUCCUCCCCCCAGGGCCUUUCUCUGCCCACCUCCUUCCCUCCUGCUGCUGCAUUCUUCUCCCAUUUCCCACCCCCUCUACUAAAACAUGCAGUUUGCACAGUGGGAAAGAGUGUUUACAGAUUAGUUUCUCAUAUCUACACACUGACACUAAGAUGGAUAUAUUUUAAUAAAGUUUUUUUUUUUUUGUGAAGGCGAAUGCCCUGAAGUUACCCCAACUCCCCCCCGCUCCUUGAUUUUUAACGUUCCAUCAUCUCCCAGUAAUUAAAAAUCACCCGGCUUUUACAUUCUGCGCUCGGUCUCUAUUUGAAUAAGCUAGUGAUGCAGGCUGCUUGUACAAAAGCCAAAAAAAAAAACAGCAACUCCAGCGGUCUGCCAGAGGUUUGCGUUUGCACUGAAGGGACUGACGGAGGAACGCUUGCUUCUGUCACAGUCCAGCAGCUAAAGGUGGUUUUCCAACCUAAAAAAAAACAAAGAUCUUAAUUAAACGUGGCUGUUGUCCAGUGUAAAGUGUGGCGAUGCCAUUUUGAAUCCAGGUGAAUGAUUUCUGCAUCUUUUACAGUAAUUUGUAGCAUUAUAGACACUUUUAGGAGCCUACAGUAGAUGUGGUACUUUAAGUGGGUAUAUUUGUGACUGUUUACUUGUCAACCAAGGUACGACUUCUAAUGCCGCCUCUCAUCUUUGUGACGAAAUGUUUUGCUGACUCCUGCCCCCCCCCUCCGCUGACGAGGUAUCGCAGCAUUGCACAUGUUUGACUUUUUCCUGGAACGUCGACGUUCAAUCGGUCUCUCCUAAACGAUCCAGCCCUGAGCUCCUUGCUUUCUGACGUUUCCCCGCGAGUCAAAAACUUUGCACAGAUGUAAAUAUUUUUGUCCCGUUCACUUUGAAGUAGCAACAGGUGACGUAAGAUGGGAAGAUACUGACUUCUGCACAUGGGGACAAAUGGGUCGGUACCCCUUACAAAGAUUUCUAAAAAAGCCUUAAGAGAAAAUCCGCUAUUGCAGCAGCAUAAUCUCACACUGAAAACCAACAUUUUACUUUGAGUAGAUUCGUUUAGUGGGACAAAAAUCAACAUUAUUUUUUUUUUCUGCAACGAAAAUAUUGGUGGCCCAGUUUUAGGUUCCUCUGUGUCCCUCCUGUGUUAACGGGACCGCCACAUUCUCCUCCUGUAGCAUUUCACAAGGUUGGAGCAGACAGAAGGAGAUCUUGGCUCCUCGGAUGCUCCUCAGCUCACAGGUUUUCCAUCAGGUUUCGGUCUGAGACGGCCGUCGACGAAGGUUGAUCUGGGAAUCCUUUCGCCAUGCAGUAUGUUCUGUCAUUAUCCUGCUAAAAGAUCGAUUUUCUGGCAGAAUUCACCAGAUGACAAUUUAAAGUCUCCUGGUGUUUUUUAAAGAGCCUUUGAUGCCAUGCACUCUUACCAAGUUCACCGGGGCCUUUGGUAGAGAAACGGGCCCACAGCAUCACAAACCCUCCACCAAACCUCACGGUGAGCACACGCUGCUUUUCCGCCUACUCGGCCUUUUUGUUUUACGCCCACCCUCAAAUGUUAAGGGUCCAAGAAGAGUUUAGCUCGGGGCCCAGUCCUGUGAGUAUGGUUGGGUUUGUGAACAUGAAUGAAGAAGUUGUGAGCGCCAUUUCUCCCAGUAGAAGUGUUUUUUAGGCAACAGGCUUUCAAUCUCCUCCCCGGGGGAAAGCGCUGUGAAGAUUCUUUGGCCAAACUGAUUUAUUUUUAUCAUACAGAAAAGUUUUUUUUUUUGUGUGUGCAAUGCAGUGUUUUCAUCUCCAUAUCCUUCUAGAUCAUUGUGAGCAGAAAACCCAUAUCGACCGGCGAGCGCACAUAUUCACUCUGUUUGUGAAGUGUCUUCCAGUGCUUCUUUUGGCCUAUUUGCAUCGUCAACAUUUUCAGCGAUACGUGAUUUAAAAAAAAGAAAGAAAAAGGUUUAAGAGUUUGAAUUUGAAUGCCCUGUGCGACAGGAUGUGUGCUUGUAGGAUGGUUGUAUUACUCUUUUAUAAAUGACUGAAAAACUA